AUGACUUCCACGGUAUCGUCGUUCGACACGGUGAUGCGCAAGGCCCGCGCACAGGUGGGGAAGCGGCGCAUCUUUCUGAAAUCCUUCUUCGCCGACUUCGACCGACUGCACUGCGGCCGUAUCACAGCCGCGCAGUUUGCCCGUGUCCUGAUGAACAACGAUGUGCACCUCUCUCCAGACGAGAUGCGUGUGCUGUCGCGCAGCUUCGCACCUGCCGCUGCGGCUGAAACUGCGGCAGCUGCCGCCAGAGCUGCCGCGGAUGCGUCGGGCAGCGACAACACAGAGGUGCUCUAUGAGAACUUCCUCGCCGCUCUGGAGGCGGGACCCGGCAGCAGCGCUUCUGUUCGCCGCUCCACUCCAAGUACCCCCCUCACACCGGCUGAGGAGGCCCGUCUGAGCCCGUUCAGAACGAUGCUGCAGCAGGCUAUUCGGGCACAUGGCACCUCGCUGACGGCCCCGCUCCGCGACUUGGACCCUCGUCACACUGGCCGCGUCACUGUCGCGCAGUUCCGUCGCUGUCUCCCAUUCUCCACCUCCCUCACGGAGGAGGCGAUGGACCUGCUCGCGAAGCAGUACAGCGACGGCCACGGGGGGGUGUACUACAUGGCGUGGUGCCGCGCCAUGGAUCCGUCCCUCAACGGACAGGCGAACGGCGAGAGCACGCUCACGGCAGCCGGCUCCGGACGGCUGUGCGCCAUUGACAAGGAUCAGUCGAGCCAGUGGAAGACGGGCUCCGUUUCGUCGCUCGUGUGCCCCGACUCCUUCACCAACCCACGACUCUCGGCUGAGGAGUUGGUUGCCGUGUUUCGCCAACAGUGUGCUCUGUACCGGCUGCGCUACGAGGACGCCUUCGCCGACUACGACAAGAUGAAGACGGGCAAGGUUACAGCGGCGCAGUUCGAGUCCGUGCUGGGCCGCAUGCCUCUCGUGCACUUUGCGCUGCGGCCGGAGAACAUCGACACCCUUGCCCGCGCGUACAUCAGCGGCGACAACAGCGUGUCUGUGAACGGCACGCCGAGCGGACCGGUGGUGGAGUAUCGUGCGUUUCUCCGUGAUAUUCAUCCCUCGCAGGCGCUGGAGACGGCGGCGGAUGGCAGCGCGGUCCCGACCAACUUCUUCGCCACCGCCCACGCCGCUGACACCUACUUGACGAGCACCGACGACCAACGGAAGGCCGAAGUGCUUCUCUCGCAGCUGCGUGCUCUCGUGCAGUCCAACCGGAUUUGCCUGAGCCCCGUGCUCCGCGACUUCGACCGGGUGCGGAAGGGCAUCUACGAGCAUCGCACCUGCACCCGCACCCGCUUCGCGCGCGGUCUUGCGACGCAGAACAUCAUGCUGCCGCCUGAGCAGCUUCAGCUUCUGAUCCGCAAGUACACAGUGCCAAACCCGGACGGGUCACCGAGCAGCGAGGUGAACUACUACCUGUUCGUCCAGGACGUCGAUCCGUCGCAGGCGAGCGGCGGCAAAAGCGCCGGUAGUGAUGGCGUGCGUAGCACCACUGGCCUCGUUGGGCCCUCGUCUACCAGCGCCGCAUCUACCACAGUCGCAGCCGUCGCACCGUUGACGUCGCUCACGAAGGAGAGCGUGCUGGCAAGCGUGGCGCUGCAGGUUGUGGAGCGCCGCCUGCACGUGUCUGCCUUCUUUGCAGAUGCCGACCCUCUUCACAGCGGCACCGUACCGAAGGAUCGUCUAGGCAUCGCGCUGGGGCAGGCCGGUAUGCAGCUGCUACCGGAGGCGCUGGCAGCACUGCAGAGCGCGUUUGCGUCGACGCACAUCCGCGAUAGCGUGGAUACACAGAAGCUGGUGACGGAAGUCGAGGCAGCCGUCGCGGCACUGCGUGCCAGCCGCGCGGCGGAGAAGACCGGUGGCGCAGGUGGCGAAGGCACUGCCCAGGAUGCUGAGCGCGCGGCGCAGGUGGCAGCUAUGCUGAGCCGCGUGCGUCACAACGUCCGCGUGCACAACGCGCUACUGAUGCCCUUCUUCGCAGACUUUGAUCGCCACCACCGCGGCGUCAUCACCCCGAUCCAGUUCGCGCAGGCCUGUGUGCGGCACCACUUGCCCUUGACCCAAACGGAGAUCGACACACUGGCAUCGUGGUACAGCGCUGGCGACGCGGUGUCGCCUGGCACGGGCGGUGUGCGCUACCUCACCUUUGUGCGAGACGUCGGCUGCGAGGAGGAGUCGGUGCAGUACGCGUUGGCGCAGAAGGCCAGCGCGGCAGGCAGCACGGUGAGCACGGACUUGUCGGCGUCUGCCCGCAAGGCUGUCGAGGCGGCGGCUGACGUGGAUGAGGUGCUGACCGGCAUUUGUGUUUUUCUACAGGAGCGGCGGCCGUGCCUGUCCGAGUUCUUUCCUGACGGCGAUGAGCUUCGACACCACCACGUGACGCCGUCGCGGUUCCGCCACUGCAUAACGAUGCUGGGACUUACCGACAUGACGGAGGCGCAGCUUAGAGCGCUGGAGGGCGCCUUUGCAUCAGCCAAGUGUCCUGGCGACAUCGACUACCCGGCCUUUGUUUGCACAGUACGGGCCAUGCUAGCCGACGGCGCAGGCGCGGCCGCCGUGUCGCAGCGUCGGCUGCAGGGGCCUGCAUCUUCUGGCCGCAGCAACGGUGAUGUGACGGGAGACGCCGCCACACAGAUGACCGCCGCGCAGGCCUUUGCGGCCGCCACGCUCAAGCACAUUCAGCGCACCCUCAAGGCACGCCGCACGGCCACCAUCGCUGCCUUCCGCGAGUACGACCGUGCGCGCAAGGGCUACGUUACCGAGGGCCAGUUCUUUGCCUGCUUGCAGGCGCUCGGCGUGCCGCUGAAGCCGGACGAGGCGGCAGCGCUGCUGCAGCUUUACGCGGUAGGCAAUGGGCAGGUGCACUACCUGGCCUUUGCGCACGAGGUGGACGAUGAGUCACUCAUCGCCGUGAGCUAG